GCCAUCUUUUGUUAUAGACUGUUUCGUACGUCAACCCUUUCGUCGUCUGAGACUCUUCUAGCAAAUCUUUUUUUACCUCGCUUAUCUACCGAAGAUCGGCAAAAUCGUAGCUAAAAUGCUACUGCGUCUAAAAAAAAAAAUUGGGUCAAUUUGCAUAAGGUGUCGGGAAAAGUAACAAGCGCAUUUCAUUGGGAAAUUUAGGGCAGUCCCAAACUCCAAGCUCAGUCCUCUUGCUCUCAAGAUUAACGCUUCAUGGAGUUAACUUAUAGAGAAAGGGUUGAAUACUUUAAAAAGGCUCUUGAGUAUGAUCCUAUAGAGAGCGAGUUGCUACCGCCUGAAGAAGCGGUGAUUGACAUGGCUUACUUUCGGGAGGCAUGUUUUCAAGGCAUUCCAGACGAAGCUGGCAUUCGCUCAAAGGCGUGGAGGGUGUUAUUAGGGUAUUUACCAGCCGAUAAGAGGAAGUGGAAACAAGUGCUGUCAGAACAACGAAGGAGCUACUAUAAUUGGGUAUCUGAGCUGCUCAAUGUUCCUGGUGAUGAACCUCCAAGCGCUGACCAUCCUCUUAAUUCUAAACCUGACUCUAAAUGGGCAGUGUAUUUUCAAGACAAUGCUGCAUUGGAACAAAUUGAUAAAGAUGUCCGACGAACGUUACCCGACUUUGCAUUCUUUCAGCUUCCUGUACCCAAGAGUCCCCUCAAUCCAUUGUCUCCUCCCAUAGAAGAAGAAGACGACAAUGAUGAAGCUGCAGAAGCAAAAAAGGAAAUGGAAGGUGGCGAUGACCAAAUUGACAAGUCUGGUCGCCUAUUUCCCUUUGGAUUGGGUCGUCGACCACGUUCAUCUUCGACUGCAUCACGCAAAUCGACCAAGUCAACAAAGGGAAAUCGGUCACGGUCCAAUUCAAAGAGUUCUGUCAAGUCUAUGGGUACUGGAGUCGAUUCCAGCGAUCCUCUCACCAAAAUCUCCUCCCCUUUGAAUAUGGUGCGUCGAUUUUCUCAUGCGCUUAAAGGUUCACCAAAUCCACAACAAGAUAUAAAUCGUCGGCUAGAUCAUCAGCAAAAUCAUCAAAAAGAAAUUGAUUAUACCAAAUAUGAGAUUUAUCCACACAUUCUUAAUCGACGCAGUUUGUUUAAGCGCAUCGCUCAUUUGAACAAGGAUUUUGGAGCUAGAGAGCAUCAGGACAUGAAAAAAGCGAAAGCCAAGAAGGGAGGUUCAUCGCCGAUUGAGGAUGGUUCCGAGGAACAUUUGAAGGUCGAUAACUACAAGAUCCAAGAUUUGCACUGGGAAGCUAUCGAACGCCUGUUGUUUAUUUACGUCAAAUUGAAUCCUGGUGUAGGCUACGUCCAAGGCAUGAAUGAGCUAUUGGGACCUAUCUACUAUGUCUUUGCUCAAGAUUCAGAUGAUGUUGAAGCGCAAGCCCAUGCUGAAGCGGAUUCCUUCUUCGUGUUCAGUCUGCUUAUGAGUGAUGUACGAGAUCACUUUACCCGAACUUUAGACCAUGAUGCCAACACCGGCAUCAAUGCUACUAUGACAAGAAUGAGUGAUCAGCUAAAACGGUUGAACCCUAAGCUAUGGCGUAAUCUCACCGUUGACAAGGAGAUAAAAGAACAGUUCUAUGCAUUCCGAUGGAUCACUGUUUUGUAUACCCAAGAAUGGGAUUUGCCGGAUGUCAUACGAAUAUGGGACUCGCUGUUAGCUGAUCGUUGCAUGCAUACAUCGUCCAGUGCUACGGCAUCGCAAGGCAUAGAUCGGUUUCAAUUUCUGUUGGACUUUUCCGUUGCCAUGGUUCUAUGUGUUACGGACGAGCUUCUGGUAGGAGAUUUUGCGGAAAACAUCAGGCUGUUACAGAAUUACCCAAUUAGUGAUCUGCAAGUGGUAUUGAACAAAGCAUACGCCAUUCGAGAAAAGAGAAUGAAAUUGGAAGAAAACGGAGGUUUCAUGGCAAGAGAUGCGGAUGACCGAGCUUCCAUUACAUCGGUAGACUCGGUCAAUCGACUAAAACACCUCUUUAAUAGCGAAUCUUCGCGCGCAAGUUGGGACAGGACGCGAAACUCGCUGGACGAUAUGUUUCGUAACUCUUGGGUGGGUAACGCUGGAAAACGCGGCAGCAUGCUCUCUGUAGCAACUACAGAGAGUGCUCCACCGGACAUGACUAGCCGAGCCAAUGGAAUGGUACGAAAUUUAGGCAGUCGGUUCAGCUUGAUUGGCAGACGCAGUGCAAACAGCUUAAAUGAAGCGGACUACCCCGCAAGCUCAUUCCCCGCUGUCAAGAAGGAUGUGCAGACUCCUCGUACCACCACCGGGCCCUCCAAGCAAGCCAACGGACCCUCCGUGUUUGAGCGAUUCUCUAACUUCGUGGCCAACAAUCACAAUUCCCCCCUCAAUGAGCAGCCGUCAUUAUCAACUAGCGAACGCUUCAAACGUGAUGUUGCGCAGCAACUAGGUCCGAACCCUACAUUGGAGGAGGAAGCUGCUCUCCAGGCUUCUCUCGCUGCACGCACCGUCAUGCACGACCCUAGCCGCCAGUACCGUAGUCAAGACCAAGGCUAUAGUGGUCUCAUCUAAGAUUUUCUCUUAGUCUCGUUACUGUCUCAACCGACAUGGAGUUUCUCGCUCUUGCUGUACAAUAGUAUUUUAAGAUAUUUUUCUUGUUGCUAUGAGCUUACGCCUAUCUUUGUGCUCUGCAU